AUGGCAACUACUAUCAAUCUUGAUAGAUUUGUGAGCCCGACUAAAGACCGACAGAUUUCUACUUCAAAACCUGCACGCAAAAGAUUGAAAAUUACUGCGAUAGAUACAGAACAAUUUCAGCCUGGAUCUAUUAUAAAGAUAAAGUUAUGGAAUUUUGUUACAUAUUCUCUUGCAGAGUUUACUCUAUCUCCUUCUUUAAAUAUGAUUAUUGGUCCAAACGGGUCCGGUAAAUCAACUUUUGUUUGUGCAGUUUGCCUCGGUUUGGCAGGUAAACCAGAGUACAUUGGUAGAAGCAGUAAACUGGAGGAUUAUAUAAAAAAUGGUGAAGAUCAAUCUGUUGUGGAAGUAACUCUAAAAAAUGUUCCAGAAUCUGAUUUUAAUACUGACACCAUUUUAAUAAAAACAACUAUCAAUCGAGGCAAGAAAAAGCCAGAAUAUGCGAUAAAUGGAUCUACUGUUACUGAAACUUAUAUUAGAGCUUUUGUCAAGAAAUUAAAUAUCCAAUUGGAUAAUUUAUGCCAAUUUUUAUCCCAAGAGCGUGUGGAAGAAUUUGCUAGAUUAAAAUCUGAUAAACUAUUGGAAGAAACUAUCAGAUCAAUUGAUUCUUCAAUGUUAACCAGUCUGGAAAAAUUGAAAACUCUACAAACUACAGAGAUUAGUCUACAAAAGGAUGUAGAUCUUAAAAAUAAAAAACUACAGGAAUUAACUGCUCAACGUGAAAAAUUAGAAGGGGCAGUAAAAGCAUUGAAAGAAUAUGAGCAUUUAAAAAAAGAAAUAGAAAUCCAUCAAUUAUUAUUACCUUAUGUGAAAAUUAAAGACCAUAAAUCUAAGGUGCAAUCGUAUAUUCGUGAUUUCCGUGAAGCCAAACAAAAGUUAAAAAGCUUCCUACAGGAUAAAAAACCAUUUAUUAAAGCCAAGAACUCUUUAGAAAAGAAACAAGCUAAAUAUCAAGCUUUAAAACAAGACACAAAUUCUUCUUUGAUAAAUGAAAGAAAAAAAUUAAAUAGCAUCCUAAAUGAUUUAGGGAAGGGGAAAGAAGAAAUUAUAAAGAGAAAAAAACAAAUUGAAUAUUAUGAAAAUAGAACAAAGAAAUUACAAGAAUCUAUUAGAUCUACUGAGAAAGAGAAGGAAGAUAAAAUAGCCUCAUUGGAGACUCUUCAAUUACCUGAUCAACAAACCCUUGAUGAAAUCACUAAUGAGCGAAAUACUUUAAUCGAAAAAGAAUCCAAUAUUACUACCAAAAUCAGAUCAAUUGAUAGUAGAGUUGCAACAAUAAAUCAUGAAAUGAUGACUCUUGAUAGACAGCAGCAGGAAAGAAAGAAAAAAUUAACAACUAAGGACAAAAUAGGUAUCUUAGAUUCGCAAAAUGAUCUAAAUAUUGUCAAGCAAGCCGUUCUACAUAUUAGAGCCAAUCCCGAAUUACAAGGAAAAUUUUUAGAACCUCCAAUCAUCACUAUUAGUGCAGAUGAUAUGACAAUUGCAUCUUAUUUGAAUCAUUGUGUUGAAUUUAACACAGCAAAAGCCUUAACAUUAGCAGAUUCCAAUGAUUUUGAAAAAUAUGGUGAACCACUUUUGAAAAAAUUUCCAAUAAACUUGAGAGAAAUCAGAAAUGUUCCUUUAGAUGUUCCAGUUCCAAGGGAGAAUUUACGAGAAUUUGGUUUCGAAGGUUACUUAUCAGAUUUUAUUCAUGGUACACCUAAAGUUAAAAGAAUGUUAUGUGAAAUCCAUAAAAUCCAUACAAUUCCAAUUAGUAGAAGAGAAUUAUCUCCUAGUCAAUUGGAAACAUUAUGUAGGCCUAACCAGCAGAAUUCGAUAUAUUUUAGAAGAUUUAUCCACGGAAACAAUUUUGUUAACGUCAAUAAAUCGGAAUACGGUACAAGACAGAUUUAUACAAAUAGUAAUACCAUAAAGCCAAAUAAAAAAUUUUAUUUAGGCUCUGGUUUAUCCGAAGAAAUGAAGGAAUCUGUAAAACAAGAAAUUAUCACUUUAUCAUCACAAUUUAAAGAAAGGCAAGAAGAACUUGGGAUGCUGUCUUCUAAAAAGGGUGAUCAUAAAUCUGAAAUAUCUGAUGUUCAAAAAGAGAUUAAGUCCUUAUCAGCACGACACUCUGAACUAAAUAGUAUACGAAAUUCACAUUCAUUCAUUAAAUCCACCAUUGAACGAUUGGAGGAAAGGCUGCAAGAAUUAAAUAAUGAAAUACGAAAAGAUGUUUCAACAACAAUCGAUACCGUACAAGGGAAAAUUAAUGAACUAGUCAAGAACCAAACUAAAUUAUUAAAGGCAAUGACUGAACAAAUGAAUAACAUUAAAGAUAGCAAUGAUGAACUAUUUAAAGCAGAUAUUAAAUUUUUUGAGGCCUAUAAUCUAAAUGUUUCAAUGAAUGAUGUUAUUGCCUUUUUCAACGAAAAAGAACAAGAGCUAUCUCAAGAUUAUACUGAAAAGAAAAAUAAAGCUGAUCAAAUGCGAAAAACCGAUGAAUAUAAUGGUUGGAUACAACAAAUUAAUUCUUAUAGUUCUUCCAUAAAAGAAGUUUUAAAUGACUACGCUACCAAAUAUCAAGAUGAAGAUAAAUUUGAUAUACAAACUAUAACAAGUAUUAUAUCGAAUUUAGAAUCAAGAGCAGAUUUAUCUAAUCAUGAUGAAUCAUCUCUGUCUAUAUUAAAAGACACAAUUGAAAAAGAAGAAGAAUUGAAACGUGUUUUACCAGCCGAUGUUGAAAGUUUAAAAAUUACUAAAAAUCAAAUGAAAGCAAUCAGUAAUGUACUUGUGCCAAAGCUAGAUGAAGUUAUUACAAAAAUUUCAAGUAAAUUUGCGUCUCUAUUUACAAAUGUAGGUAGUGCAGGUCAAGUUUAUCUAGAUAAGGCACAAUUAUAUUCUGAUUGGCAGAUAGAAAUUAGGGUAAAAUUUAGAGAUAAUGCAGCAUUGAGCAAAUUAGAUUCUCAUACUCAAUCCGGUGGGGAAAGAGCUGUCUCUACAGUCUUAUACAUGAUUGCCUUACAGGAAUUCACAAGUGCACCAUUCCGUGUAGUUGAUGAAAUCAAUCAAGGUAUGGAUUCUAGAAAUGAGAGAAUUAUUCAUAAGGCAAUGGUGGAAAACGCUUGUGCUGAAAAUACUUCUCAAUAUUUCUUAAUUACUCCAAAAUUAUUAACUAAUCUGCAUUAUCAUGAAAAAAUGCGUAUUCAUUGUGUUAUGGCGGGCUCUUGGAUACCUGAUCCAAGGAAGGAUCCUAACAUGAUACGUUUUGGUGAAACUUCAAAUUAUAUCAUUUGA